GCCUCUCUUCCGCUCGAGCUCUGAAUACCCUCCAUCUCCCUCUCUACCUCCCUCUCUUUCUCUCUGCGUGACCUUUGUGCCUCGUUCGAAUCGGAACCGCGCGGGACGGAUCCGUGCUUCCCCUACUUUGGAGCGCAAUUUCAGUCCCUAGUCGAUUACCCCUCGUCUUUUUUUUGGAGGGGAUGUCUCGGUGCUUCCCGUACCCUCCUCCUGGGUAUGCGAGGAAUGGGGUCCGCGACAAGGCGUUGAUCGAAUCGAUUAAGAGAGAAGUAGAGAAGGCGAAGAAAGAAAGGAGAAAAGAGAGAAAACUGGAAAAGAAUGAAAAGAAGAAGGCCCUGGAAAAUGGAAAGAAGGCCCUGGAAAAUGUAGGUAUUAAAGACAAAAAGAAGAGCCAUAAGAGAAGGAACGAGGGCAAGCGGACCCAAGGUGACCAAAAGGCGGGGGACCGAGACCAUCGCAAGAAAAGAAAACACGACACUGAACACUUUGAGAGGAGCAACCUCACUGAAGAACACGGGAAACCUGUCAAUUCCCUGAAUUCUACGGACAGCACAAUGAACAGCAGCAAAAAGCAAAAGCAAAUCUUGCCUCCAGAUUGUGGGCAUAACCCUGCAAGCAUUAUUCGGAUCCGGUUGCCUCUACAAAGGCACAAAGAUCCAGAAAUGCUACCCAGCGGGGAACAGCCUUGCUCUGCCCCAGUAAGGACGGAUCUCUUUGGUCACGAGAAUCAUGAACAUGCUCCUAGAUCUAGUACAGAUCAGAGAGAAUGUCCCUGCUCAACUUCUCCGAGUUUGGGCGAAGGUUCUGCUUCUAAGCUUGGCUCGACAGAGCAGCGUCCCUCUUCUGGAAUAGCUGAAACAUCUUCCCGAAAGAAUGGGACUUUGUCGUCACCGAGCUUCGAUGACCGUGGCCUCUCUCCAUCAGAACUAAAAUACAGAAAUCUGAUAGAAAAUUGGGUGCCACCCUCAUUCGGCAGUGGAUGCGCUGAUCUUGAUGAUCAGGAAUGGCUUUUCGAUAGAAAGCAGCUCAAUUGUGAUGGUGGAUGUAAAGCUGAUUACGAUGGCUUGACAUGCGGGAGCCCGAGCCCAUGGCCACGCAUGCAUUACUUACCAGAGGUUGAUAUGUAUGCUCUACCGUACACUGUGCCCUACUGAAAUUCCAUCGGAGGCAAGAUGAGCCAUGGGGUAUUAACUAGCUUGCUGGAAUGGAUGAAAUGGUUGAUCUUUGGAUGUUAACUGUUUCUUGCGAUCUUACCUGUUUGAUCUCUAAAGCAGUCCCAAUGGUAUUCAGAGGGCGAUGAUUUUGCAGGAGGGUUUCUUACGAUGGAGAGGAAAGCUGAAAAAGGCUGCCAGCGGAUGCUGAGUUUUCCUAAUUGUAACCACUUGACACGGCUCGGUUUUUCCCCCCAUAUCGGUGAUGAUGAUGAUAGAAUUACUCAUAGCUUUUAGGUUUUCAGUCACUCGCAGUUUGAUUUUUAGCUAUAUCUCCCUCUCGUUUCACAGUGUUGUGCAUAUCUUCCAUUUUCUGUCAUUGCUACUUUACUUGCAAUGGUAGCUAAAAAUGCUGUAUCUUUGCAUUUGUUCUGCAUCUGCAAAAGAUGCUUGAUUGGUCUCGUGGUCCUACUUAAAGACAGUAAUUACAACAUGUUUCAUGCACUAGUAUAUAGCUAGUACAUAAAUAGUUUAAGAGAUUUAAUCA